CAGUUAGAAAGAGAAAGUGAUAAAAUGGAUAUCGAUCUUCAUCCCAAGCUUGCCAAGAAGGUCUACGGUGGAGAAGGAAAUGGAGGCACGUACUACGCCUGGUGCCCCGAUGAACUUCCCAUGCUCAAAAAUGCCAACAUCGGAGCAGGGAAGCUCGCUCUCGAGAAGAAUGGCUUGGCUCUACCUCGCUACUCCGAUUCCGCCAAGGUCGCCUACGUUCUCCAAGGUGCUGGUGUUGCUGGGAUUGUAAUGCCAGAGAAAGAAGAGAAAUUAGUAGCGAUCAAGAAGGGUGAUGCCCUAGCUAUUCCUUUUGGAUGUGUUACCUGGUGGUACAACAAGGAAGACGCAGAGCUUGUAGUCCUCUUCUUGGGUGAAACCUCAAAAGCCCACAAAGCCGGUUCUUUCACAGAUUUCUUCCUAGCAGGCACAAACGGCAUCUUCACAGGCUUCUCAACAGAGUUUGUGAGCAGAGCUUGGGACUUGCCAGAGGAUGUUGUCAAGAACCUUGUAAGCAAACAACAGGGUUGUGGCAUAAUCAAGGUUGAUGCAAGUUCCAAGAUGCCCGAGCCAAAGGCUGACCAUCGCGAAGGAAUGGCACUCAACUGUGAGGAAGCUCCUUUAGAUGUUGACAUAAAAAAUGGAGGAAGGGUGGUUGUUUUGACACCUAAGAACCUUCCAUUGGUGGGUGAGGUUGGACUCGGGGCUGAUCUGGUGAGGUUAGACGGUGGUGCUAUGUGUUCGCCGGGGUUCUCGUGCGACUCAGCCUAUCAGGUGACCUAUAUUGUCAGGGGAAGUGGUCGGGCUCAGGUUGUGGGAGUAGACGGGAAAAGGGUAUUGGAAACAACUGUCAAAGCUGGAAACUUGUUUAUUGUGCCUAGGUUCUUCGUGGUCUCGAAAAUUGCUGAUGCAGAUGGGUUAGAAUGGUUCUCCAUCAUCUCAACACCAAGUCCUAUAUUUACUCAUUUGGCAGGAAGUAUUGGGACAUGGAAGGCACUAAGUUCCGAGGUGAUUCAGGCUUCAUUGAAUGUGGAUUCAGCUCUUGAGCAGGAGUUUCGCAAAAAGAGAGCUGCUGAAGCUAUCUUCUUCCCACCUCCAAAUUAAGAAAUUCAAACAUAUCUGUCAAGUUUUUAAUUCCCUAGUUAAGUUUUAAUUUCCCAGUCAAGUUUUAAUUUCCUUUCUAGACUGCAAUAACAUUCCCCAUUAAUAUGGAUUAUCAAUGCUUUGGAACCCUGUUUUUUUUUUUUUAUUUAAUAAAAUAUUGUUCAUCAUUUGGAUGA